UCAACGAGUCUGGAAAAUGGAAGGUUCACAUCAGAUGUUCUCCGAUGUAGCAUCGUUUUUGGCCUGUGAUGGGUCUGAAUGUGUCUUCUGUCAAAAAAAGGAACUGGCAAAUAAGAAUCAUCUUUGCAAAAAGCAUCUUGCAGAUGCAAUGUACUUUGUGGAAAACAAUCAAGAGAAAUUUGUGGUGGCCUGCUUCUGCAAGGACAAAACACAAGCAUCCAGAAGCCACUACCAUUGUCCAUAUUGCAAUUUUAAAACUUUUUCACGGCCAUGCUACUUCAUGAAACAUUUAAAAGUCAUGCAUGGUAUUGCAUCAAGCAAAAAACGAGAUAAGACAAAGGCUUUAAAACGAAAAGCCGACAAUGUCACAGAAGACCCUGCAGACAACUUGGACAGUAAACCAGAAAAGGUGUCAUGUCCCCACUGCACUUCUGAGCUAAGUUCCCAAAAAAAUCUAAAAAGACAUAUCAGAGAUGUACAUUGCUUGGACAUUGCCCCCAUGAUUUUCAUUGACGUAAGAAAUGGGAUUUAUGUCACACCAAAGUAUGACCACAGCCCUGUUUUGCCGGUGCAUGUAAUCAAGUCCACUAACCCACCAAAAAUUGACUGUGAGGUUCCAAAUUGCAGGAAAUUCAUGCAAAUUGCAUGGUCCUCAGGAAAUCCUGGAAAGGAAUGCAAACACUUGGAGAGAACAAAGAAUGCCAAGUCAUAUGCAAAGCCAGCAGUCCUCACAUCUGCCUCCCUCAAGGACAUGUUGAGUAAGGGAUUGAUGUCCUCAGAAUGGGGUGUCAGAUGCGAAAACCUCAACCUGGAUUCAAACAAACUUGGAUUGGACAGUGUUUUUCCAGUUAUUUUUGAAGAUGAGGGAUACUCCAAACGGUGGGUUUUCUUCUCAGUCUUCACAUCGCAGACAGACAACUGGUGUCAGUUCGGAAGGACUAUAGUCAUGUUUGACACAGUUGCGGGACAAUGGAACUGUCAGUGUCGGGGGACUGGGACUUCACACCGGUGUAUCCACCGCAUGAUGGCCAUGUGGUGGAUUUUUCAAGAGUCCCCAGGCACUUUAAUGGAAACAUUGGACAUUCAGACACAAGAUAUUGAUGACCUGGAAAGUCACAUUGUUGAAACCAGCAUCAGCUGUGAACAACAACCUGUGAACAGUCAGAAAAUCUGCAUUAUGACAGACUACCUCAUGACACACAAGCGCAUCCCAUUCCUACAGGAUUUGCCUGUGGAGCUGAGGACUAAGGAGCAGCAACCACCACCACCGUGUUUUGUCCCCACAGAAAACACUUGUCCGUACUGUCCUGGUCCCACCCCUCCAGCUCUGAAUCCCUCCAACACAGUAACCACGCAAGCUGUGGUGUAUGGGAUUAAUUAUGUCCAGAAAGGUGUCUCUGUAGCUGUAAAACAGUGCCCAGCAUGCACUAACGUUGUGAGGUUCCAGGAAUAUACCUCUGGUUUUCACAACUUCAAUAACCGCGUCCUCUUGACAUUGCCAUUGUGUGAGCUUUUGCUUUCUGGUUUGGCGAACAAGACAACCAGUGGACGUAUGCUGGACACUAUGUCAUUGUUAAAUGACAACCGAUACCAUCACCAAACAGUGAAAAAAGCAUUUCAUCACUUUUUAUCGCUCACUAAUUUCAAGUUUCAGUUUUCCUGCUACCAGUGUGGGCACCAUCCAGCUGUGGUUGUGGCUGACGCCAACUGGAAACUGGCCUUUGAUAUCCCAUUUGGCACAUUUAAAAGGCCAGAUCCAGAGACUGUUUCUGAGGAAGACUUUGAAGUGGAUAUAGUGAAGGCAUGGUCAGACUUGGACAAGUCACUGAUAGCAGAAGGACUCAUAUCAGCCUCAAAAAAAAGAACUACAAGAUGCUUGUAAUGCCUUGGGUGUGUCAGCAGAGGGGACCAUUGCAGAUCUGAUUAUCAGGCUUGAGGAACUGCUGAACUUCAAAGACAUAUACCCCAAGCUAUUUUGGAAACUACAGAAAGCUGGUGGUGGUGUCCUUCAUUUUUCAUGUAUGCACGGAGUUGUAUACUACCUAAAUUUCCUAUUCUGGACGGAGUCAGCCAGGGACCACGCUGAUGGGCUGCUGAGUUUUAAACAGUUCCCCACAUGCUACAUUUCAGAUGUGGCUGGACAAGUUGCUCGGCAUACAAACAACCGGACAAGACAACUGUAUUUCAAGCAACAUGAUGGAAGACUGUGUGCUCCAACCCCUGACAACAUCAAGCUGGCUGUCAAUAAGGAAUUGCAGAUGGACAUGAAGUGGGUUAAGAACCUGAGGUUCCCACUCCCACUACAGGGAAGUCUCGAUGGUGACAGAGUGGCAGCAACACAUCCUAUCACAGGCACAACAGAGAGAUAUUCACUCUAUGACAGAUUCCACCAGAAAAACCAGAAACGUCCAGAAGAGAGGCUUAGAAGUCUGAAUAUCUGCCCCAGCCUCCGAACAGAAAUCAACUCAUCAGUUGCAGAGCAGUUCAAUCGCGAACUUGCAUCUGUUAGAUAUUCAUUGUGCCAAAUGAAAGAGGCACACUUCAAACAAACACUACGGGUUUUGAUAGAUCUCCACAAUGAGAAAAUCAACCUAACUUUCAAAUCAGAAAUGGAGGCCUUAUGCAAUACCCAGUUGUCUAUUGGCCUUCAUGGAAUGCUGGGUCUGCAGUCUGCUGGGAAGGAAGAUCAUAAGCCGACUGUAGCUGGCACUGUGAGAUCAUCAUUUCAAGCAGAACUAUAUGCCAUCGAUGAUAAUGACAAGGGAAAACUCGAGGACUUGUUCUCUGGAUGCCGCAAAGAAACUCAAAUCAUUACUCAUGUGUCAAGGCGAUUUCCUGUGACCAUAAAGGACAUUCGCAGUUUUUGCCCACCGGAAUUGUUGGCACAAUCUUCCAUGGUCAUGCCAUGGUUGACGGAUGAUGCAGUUAACUAUCGAGUUGCUCAGCUGGCCCAAGAACACACGAGUGGUUCUUUGGGUACUUAUGACUUCAUUUUGUGGCACCGGGAAUGGACCACGAGUGGAGGUGUGAGUGAGCAGGUUGUCAAACGCAUCCCAGUAGGUCCUUUUUGAAACAUAAGACAAU